AUUUAACUUUAAGUGAGAUGGAGUGUUUAGCCAACGCUUUAAAAAUCAACAACACACUUACUCAUCUAUAUCUAAGUAAAAGUGUAGAUGAUCUUGAAAUCGGAAAGGUGUUGUUUGAAGCUGUAGAACAAAACAAGAAGCUUACCGAUUUGGAUUUAAGUAGAAAUAGCUUUGAUUCUGAAAUAUCUAAAGUCAUUGCUAAUUCUUUAUUCAUUAACCAAUCUCUUCGAAGAGUGGAUUUAACAUCAAAUCAAUUCGAUCAAGAUACAACAAACGAAUUGAAAAAAGUUUUGAAGCAUAAACUUUUAA